AUGGAGCGGGGAGGCAUGGUCACUAUCGAUAGUUGCAAAUUGAUGAAAGCUGCCUCAAAUUCACAGCAGGAGCCACUCACUAUACCUACCACAACCAAAGGACAUAUCAAGGCCAACUUGGAGAGGGGGAGCAGCGGUCCAAGUUGUAGUAUGGAUUGUGGUACUGUAGGUGGAGCCUACCGUACACCUUGGAACCAAAUUCUGAGCCCUGACAGUGCUGGCAUAUCCUCUAACCCAGCUAAACAAAUGAAGUUUAGAUAUAUUGAGCCUAUCAAACGUGAUUCCAAGAUUAUUGUUUAA